AUGCAUUUCUAUCACAUUGGCUUGACUUUGCUGAUGCUUUUGGCUACAGCCUCCCUGGGCGAGAACCAGCAGCAGCCGCAGUCGUCCGUCUCAGCCGGGCCGCAGGACACCUCGGAGUCCUGCUCCACCUGCGACGUGCGCCAGCACAUCAAAAGUAUGCGCCUGAACGCUAUCAAGUCGCAAAUCCUGAGCAAGCUGCGCAUGAAGGAGGCGCCCAACAUCAGCCGAGACGUGGUCAAGCAACUUCUGCCCCGGGCGCCGCCGCUGCAGCAGCUCCUCGACCAGUACGACGUUCUCGGGGACGACAACCGGGACGCGGUCGUGGAUGACGACGACGAACACGCCGUCACCGAGACCGUCAUGUUGAUGGCAACCGAACCCGAUCUGGCAGUCCAAGCAAACGGUUCGCCCAAAUGCUGCCUGUUCUCGCUGGCGCAGAAGUUCCAAGCCAGUCGAAUCUUACGAGCCCAGCUCUGGGUCCACCUGCGGGCCUCCCAGGAGCCCACCACCGUCUUCCUGCAGAUAUCGCGCCUGACGCCGGACGGUGGGCGGCACACGCGCAUCCGCUCGCUCAAGCUAGAUGUCAAGGCCGGCGCCGGCUCGUGGCAGAGCAUCGACGUCAAGCAAGUGCUGAGCGUGUGGCUGCGGCAACCCGACACCAACUGGGGCAUCCAGAUCAACGCCUACGACGACAGGGGCAACGACUUGGCCGUCACCUCUGCUGAGCCUGGAGAGGAAGGACUGCAACCGUUCAUGGAGGUGAAACUGAGCGAGGCCCCGCGCCGCGCCCGCAGAGACUCCGGCCUGGACUGCGACGAGAAUUCGCCGGAGUCGCGCUGCUGCCGCUACCCUCUCACCGUGGACUUCGAGGACUUCGGUUGGGACUGGAUUAUCGCGCCCAAGCGCUACAAGGCCAACUACUGCUCGGGCGAAUGCGAGUACAUGCACCUGCAAAAGUACCCGCACACCCACCUGGUGAACAAAGCCAAUCCCCGGGGCAACGCGGGACCCUGCUGCACUCCCACUAAGAUGUCGCCUAUCAACAUGCUCUACUUUAACCGCAAAGAACAGAUCAUCUACGGCAAGAUUCCGUCCAUGGUGGUGGACCGUUGCGGCUGCUCUUGA